CCUCCCCCCCAGACGGAGAUCAUGCGGAAUGAGUUCGAGCGCCUGGCGGCCCGGCAGCCCCUGGAGCUGCUCAGCAUGAAGAGGUACGAGCUGCCAGCCCCGUCCUCGGGGCAGAAGAACGACAUCACGGCGUGGCAGGAGUGCGUGAACAACUCCAUGGCCCAGCUGGAGCACCAGGCCGUGCGCAUCGAGAACCUGGAGCUCAUGUCCCAGCACGGCUGCAACGCCUGGAAGGUGUACAACGAACACCUGGUUCAUAUGAUAGAACAAGCCCAGAAAGAGCUUCAGAAGUUGAGGUGAGUCAUUCAUGUUUCCACGCUGAAAUUGGAUUCCUACUGAAAUUCUUCUCCCAAGCUUUACAAAGACUGGUGUAUGUGCUGCUGCCAUGAUCACAGGAAAAAAGACUCAGUGAUAUCAAUAAUUAAGAAAUGUGACCCUGCCCUCCCCAAGCAGUUACAUUCAUAAUGCCUGUUCUACUCAAAAUUCUGUGUUUCAUUUGGUUUGGUUGGCUUUAUCUUAUGUCUGAACUUCUGCU